AUGGCAAGCCGCAGCUUCCACUCUACCAAAAUAUUGAGGUACCUUUUUAUCGUACACGCAGCUCUAUCUGAGUUUGCGCUAGCGAGCAAAGCUCUUAAUUCGUAUCUUGAGAUUAUCAAAAAGGGCAAAGCAAAGCAAAAGAAAUCAGGGGAGCGUAAUAUUAGCCUUGAUGAUGACGCCACAGCACUUUGUACGAUAGUGUGCGGAGUCGAAAUGCUAUGUACGUAUGGCAAAAGAAAAGACGUCGAGCAGGCUCAGGACUUGGUACAUUUGAUUGAAGACUGGCUCGUAAGUGCACAAUCAGAUGAGGACAUUCAGGUUGAAAGUAGCGCUGAGGACACGCCUGUGGAUUUGGUUGAUAAGCCUAAAAGAGCCAGUUUGUCAAUACCUACGAAGAUCAUGGCGCGAGCCUACGCUGCAAUUGGCUUGAGCAGACGAUGCUGGGCAUUACUGACGUACGACUCAAUCUCGCGGGCAAAACUGCAAGAGUCAGCAAUAUCAGCAUACAGGUCAGCUCUCAGGUCAGAAUAUGGUGACGAGGACAAUGUCGAGCAUCUAUACUCGCUUGCUUAUGUUCUUGCGCAAACGCGUAAAUUAGAAGAUGCCAUGAUCACUGUAAAGCAAGCAAUCACUAUUGGCAAGCAUCUCGAUCUCGGCAUGUCAAAACCCGCAAUGGUUGAUGGCACAUCUUCCGAGGGAGACUCGGACUUCCCAAAUCGUGUUACUCUACUCAAAUGUUGGCACCUCGUUGCUCUCCUGCUAAGUGCGCGACAAGACUUUUCAACAGCAGUGACCUCUUGUGAGGCCGCGGUAGAUCCGUACGGUGGCAAAAAAGUGCUCUCCGGAGACUUGAGGUCGCUUGACUUGCCACCUGACUUGGGAUUUGUGGAGAAACGAAAUAUAAUCGAACUCAAAAUGACUCACAUCGCCCUGCUAGAAGUUAUGGGUGAAUCCGAAUCCUUUGUCAACAAGGUAACUGAGCUGCUGGGACUGUACUCUAGGCUCUUCAAAUUAAACGACGAUGUGAAUUUGCUGAAGCCAGAAACAAGAGAUUCCUCACCAGCCCCAAGCACAACUGGGACACGAAGAAGUUUCCGACAAAGCAUACUGCAUUUGCCGAAGAAUCCACUCCGACAUCGACUUGCCGACAAUGAGUCCGUGACUAGCUCUGUAGGAUCAUCCAAACCCAUAGCAAAUGGCGACGCCAAACCUGCUAUUGCCAUUACGACCGACGACACCAUCGUUCUACCUCAGAAUCCAAAGCACCAUCAAGGUUUUCUCGGGCGACAUGAAUCGAACAAGUUGAAAAAACGACCUAGUCGAAGGAGUCUCAACAGCGUGCGUAAAAGCCGUGCAAGCAGUCCAUCAAUGCCGCCACCCGCGAAGUCACAUGACACAAAACAUUUGAAUCUUCCCAUCAACCCAGAUCAGGACCAGUCUAUGCAAUCCGACUCCCAGGAUCCAUCGAUCCAAGGAAGUGAUGUUGAAACCACGCAGUAUUCACCUGAUCAAAUUGGGGUAGCAAUGUCGCACAAUCAGCAGUCCAAAGACUCAGCUCCAAUAGCGAGUGCUGACCAUUCCCAUCCAUUGUACACAAUUCCGUCAGCCGCGGAAAAUAUGAAUAAGACAAACCCCAACUCCAAUCCAAUCUUGCCCAACCCACCCUCUUCCUCGGGGUCUAGGCCUACUACUAGCUUGAUGCCUCUGAUCGAGAUCCCAGAACCUCAUUACACUCCUAGUAUACAAGCUCGUCAAGCACGGGCUUUGCUUUGCAGGAUAUGGCUGUUCAUGUCCGGGGUUUAUCGUCGAGCAUCGAUGUAUCAAGAGUGUCAAAAGGCCAUCAAUGAGGCUAGAGAGCAAGUCAAGGCAGUUGAGAAGUCAAUAGCAGAAAAUGAAGGUAUGAGCGCAGAGACAUAUACCAGCCCAGGCUACGGCGGAUACAAGUCUUGCGGGCAGCUCUGGGGCGACGUAUGCGCCGAACAAGGGGCGCUUUGGGAGGCUCAGGACAAUACCGCAAAAGCGGUUGACAGCUACGAGAUGGCCUUGAGUAAUGAUGGAGACCACCUUGUUGCUACAGCCAGCCUCUCGAAUAUUCUGCUCGACCAAUAUGCUACUCCUCCAAACAAGCCGGCGAAACCGAAAGGACUGGAACCACCCCCCGUCAUACCGACCCUUGGGUCUCUUCCAUACACGACGGCACCAGACACUAGUGUAAAUAUAGACACGUCAGAAGAUACGCUUAACCGGCUGGCGGCGCGCGAUCGAGCAUAUGGAAUGCUCUCCAUGUUGACCAAAUCGGGCCAGGGAUGGGACAGCACCGACGCCUGGUUCGCAAUGGCUCGUGUGCAUGAAGAGAGUGGACAAGCGGAGAAGGCUCAGCAAACAUACUGGUGGGUUAUUGAGUUGGAGGAAGCGAAAGGAGUACGAUCAUGGGAUGUCAUUGCAUAA